AUGUCGUUUGGACGCACCGGUGCGUCCGUGGACCCCAGAGGGUUAAGCAUUACACCAAUACAUAUUCUUAAAUUCAGAGUCAAGAGAUUCUCAAUUGAUACUCCUGACUCAUCUGGAGACCUCUCAGCCCUCACUCAAAUGGAUCUGUCCAUGUCAUUGGUGGAAUGCAUGAAAACUCCAGGACUAAAUGGUGACAGUGACCAUCUGAAUCAUAACACCUUGGAGCUCAAGCUGAAACAGGAGGAUGAGCAGUUGGAGAGAGAGUAUGACUACCUGAAGCUGGAGCAGCAGGACAGUGAAAUCAGAACAGAGAUUCAUUUGUAUAAAGAAGAAGAAGAUAAAAACUCCAUCUGGGUGGAAACCAAAACUGAAGCGGAUGCUGGAACUGAUGGCACACUCUUGGUGUUUGAGGAGAACGACGGUGGCACAGAAGGGACGGCGUGGCUCAUACAGUGCCCUGAACUAUUGGAGUCCCUCAAAACAGCCAUGCUGGGUGCCAGUUCAGUGGUGCGUCAGGAGGAAGUCGAUGCAACCUCACACCAAAGUCAGAAAGAUAACACUAUAUUAGACAGAAUGGAGACGAAUCAACAAGACACUGAAGCAGAGGAAGAAGCUGACGAUGUGGAUGUGGAAACCCCUGAGACUGAGUCUGGAGACCAAACCGAGAUUAGCCAACAGGAUGUUGCACCCGGACUCCUGCGCCAUCAGUGUGAGCUCUGUGGGAAGUCCUUCGCAAGGAAGAGCAACGUCAUCCGACACCAGCAGCACAACUGCAGCAGAACAAGAACUACAGCAGAUUUAGAGCAGACGGAGCAGGAGAGGUUUUCCUGCCGCAAAUGCAGCCUUACAUUUGACACUAAAUGUGGUUUGAAGCUGCAUAAACUGUGUCACAAAGAGAACAGUGAAAAACCACGAGGUUAA